AUGGGCACUGUUCGGGCUUCCGAUGCCGAGACUUCGGUCUCCAACGCCCCACUAAAUGCUUCCGCCGCCGGUCCGCACAGCCAUCCUGUUGCCAAAGUAGAGCAAGAUCAAAAAUUUGGUGCAACAAAUCUAAGCUAUCUUGAGAAAUUGGUAGUUCAUACCGACCCCGAAAUUCUCGAACGCGGUGUGACUAUUGGUACUAAGCUACUAGACCAGCUGAAGACCGCGUUGAACGGCGCCGAUACACCCGAAGUAAAUGGUUGGCGCACAGCAAUUGAUGAGCUGAAGGAACGCGCAAGACCGACUCGCGCAGUUAUCGGUGUUGUAGGCGAUCCCGGUUGCGGAAAAAGUUCUCUUAUCAAUGCUAUCCUCAAGGAAGAAGAAUUGGUUCCUGCUGAUGCGAGUCCUUCGAUGACAAUCACAUUCUCGUACAACUACUCGGAUGACCCAACGGAAAAAUACCGAGCCGAGGUGCAGUUUAUUGAUAGAAGAGAAUUAAUUGACGAGCUGCGCAACCUUAUUAUCAACCUAUCAUAUGAGGAUGAAGCUGACUCCGCUUACGCAAUGCUCAAAGCCUUAUACCCAAAUAAGACCAAGGAGAUGAUGAUUAAAGAGAACGCAGCAGAACUCGCACGUGUUUUACCCGCUAGAAAAAAGCUCGGAAAGAUCAUUCAGCUCAAGGCGGAUUCUGAUAAGUCCCUCUCUGACAGACUACGUUUGUACACGGAUGUCAGCCAAACACUUGAUUCAAGCCAAGGAAAGCUCGCAUACGCCCCUCUCGUCAAAGAAAUCCGAAUCUACACCAAGGCAGAGGUACUAUCUACGGGAGCCAUCCUAGCGGAUAUACCCAACGCACAAGACUCCAAUUCUGCUCAAGUAGGCCAGGUAGAGAAAUACCUGAAGUCAUGCAUUGGCGUAUGGGUCGUAGUACCAACUUCACGUGUUCUUCAAGUUGGCAAAGUAGCCCCCCUCCUAAGCGAUAACUUCAAGCGGCAGUUAAGAUAUGAUGGUCUGCAAUCCGCAAUCACUCUCAUUAUCUCUAAAACAGAUGAUACACACUCCACGACAUUCCGACCUAACCUCAAUACCAAAAAAGAACUAUUAAAGCUAAGGAGCAAGCUACAUAAACUAGAGAACUUCAAAGCAAAGGUUGAGUCGACCCUUGAAGAUCUAAGAAUACGGCGAAGGGCAUUGAAGGGACGAGCCGAUGAGGAAAAUUCGCAGUCGACUGAGGAUCGCCAACAAAUCAGCAAGGGAGGACUUGAAAGAAAGCUCGAAUCUCUCAAGAGUCAAGAGAGGAGUAUCCACGACGAACUACAAGCAACCAAUACACAAAUUGACGAUGUAGAGAAGGAUCUCGAAAAAUACGAAACUCAACGGCAACACAUCCUUGACGAAAUGGGUGAAAUUGGCGCCCGGGGCAUCAACGAAUUCAAAGGGCAUCUACGAGAAAAUCUCGAACAGGAGUUCGACGCCGAAAUUGACAAGUUCGACCGUGAAAAUAUAUCCGAAUACGGGAAGAUAUCUGUGGAAGUCGCCCAUCCCGCAACCUUUUGUGUCAGCAGCUUGGCAUACAGAAAGCUUUAUGGUGAAUGCGAGGAUCAUGAUCUCCGCAGCCGUGGGUUUUUAUCUGCGAGGGAUACCGAAAUUCCACAACUGCAAGACCACGUCAGGAAGAUAACAGAAAUCGAACGAGUUAUUGACUGCCAGGGGUAUCUCAACGACUUAAUGCGACUUGUCAACUCGAUGAAAUUAUGGACCCUUAGCAAUGGGAGUAAGACGAAACUUACAGACGAUGAAAUUCGAGACGAAUUACAUCUAAGAAAGCAUUUGGCACAUCUUGAGGAGGAAUUCAAGGCGGCUGUUAACAAAUUCGGCGGCAAACUUAAUGGUGUCUUCCAUACCCAUAUUUUCCGCGUUUUCGAGAGGGCUAUAUCCUCGGCAUACGAUGCAGCCCCCGAAACAGUGACGCAUUGGGGAGCACCCAAAAAUCAAGGCGGCCUCGCUUGGUCAACAUACAGAGCAGUCUGUCGACGAAAUGGGUAUUUUCGUGGUGCCACUGGAACUCACGAUUUCAAUCAAGAGCUCUUCCAACCUAUAUCUCGUAUGAUGCUACAAGAGUGGAACAAUACAUUCCAGCGCCAUGUGCCAAAUCUCUUCCGACAAUUCUCUUCCUAUACAUCAAAGCAACUUGACAUAUUCGCGAAAGCCACCGAGACACAGCUCCAACGACGUGCGAAUGUAGCAGAAGCGACCACGCUGCUUCGUCAAGUAUCAGCUCAUAAGCGUGCACUGGACCAACUGUCUAUGACUUGGCGUCGGAAUAUCAUUCAGGCUCAAAGAGACUCACAUCGAACAUUUAUUCCAACAAUCCGUGAUGCUAUGAUACCUGCUUACCGGAUUUGUGCUGCCGAAAGAGACAAUGGUUGUUUCGGCCGUAUGAAAGAAGUGAUGGAGGACCAUAUCACGUCGGCUCGUCAAACCAUGUUCCGCCUCGCCACCGAUAUAGUAAAGGGACAAUUGAAGGACAUGUGCCAUGCAGCUAUGAGAGAUAUGGCCAAGAAAACAGGCCAUAUGUUUGUCAGGAUCUCUAACGAGUACGUGGAAACUCUCGUAGGGACGAAUGUUGGAAGCUACAAGGAAUUAUUACCUCAAGAUCUUAUUGUGCGAGCGAACGUUGAUGGCAUUCUCCAUCAGUGUGACUCGACGUUUUCUCUCGCGUUUGAUAAAUCCAAGCAAACGGGAGAUUCGAAUUUGACUCACGAUGUUGAGGAAAAGGUUGAUGUUGCCGAGGAAAAAGUGAACGAUUAA